UUCGCAAGCCACCGGCAUCCGCGGGGGUGGCCGGCCACGUCGCGCGCGGUGUGUCUGGCCGCGGGAGUAAAGGAGUGGUGCUUUCCCCGCGCGAAUUAUGUUACCGCGCGACUUGUCUCGUGUCCUGUGCGCGCUUUAAAUUCGACCGGGGUGACCGCAAGUGAGAAAGGUCACGCGCGCCGCUACGACGAGGGUAGAAGAAAGGGCGGCGAUGCAACGCGGCGCAGGGAUGAACGUGCUGGCUGCGUGCUGCCGUCGCCCCGGCGCGGGGAGACGCUAAGGGUAUGGCAACGUGACGGACGCGGUGGAUUCAAAGCCGGCUCGAGAUGAACACGAACGGCAACGCGGUUGGUCAGGAAGGUGGUGCCGGUACCGAUUACGGCGGCAAUGAGGAGACGGCGGCCCUGUUGGGCAGACAACCGCCGCCGCCGGUCGUGGUGGCCGCGGCGUCUCAGGGCAAGCCGGUGCUCACGCGACAGGAUCGGGCGACCUUCCUGGUCGCCUCGCCGCAAUUGUCCGUGUCCGGGCUCGGCGGCUCCGAGGAGAGCGGCACCAACGAGGACCCGGCGACCAGAUCGGUACCGGACAUCGAGCUUCACUGUCGGCUGGACGGGGAGCCGCAGGCCCCGCAACUUCCGCAGCACCAGCAACCACAAGUGCAGCAGUUGCAGGCCCAGCCGGCGUCCUACCGCUCGUCCAGGCAGUCGCAUCAGUACAGAUGCAGAUGCGACCGAAGGGACUCCCUCGCGCCCACCUCGGCUCUUCACUUGGCCCGCAGCGUCUCCAGAGAGAGCGUGAAAAGCGGUCAUCACUGCUGCCCGUGUCAGGCGCCGCCGCCACCGGUGUUGGUAACCACGUCGCCCAGCACACGCAUAAUACGGCAGAGUUCGCAGCCGGAGGCAUCCGCGUGCUGUUGCUCCGGCUGUUGCUGUCCGCUGCACACCGGCGCGGCGCCGAGCGCCGCCUCGCUGCGGCAACUCCGCGAGCCGGGCGACGGAAUCGCCGGCAUCGCCGCGGACUCGCUGCGGAUCAAUGGCGGUAUACGACAGUUCCGGCAGCUGCGGAAGCCAGUGUCGACUCUCUCGAUCCCGGGGGCGAUGAAGAACAGCGCCGGUGCCGGCGAGGACCCCGGAGUCUCCCUCGUGAGCGUCCACAACGAGUACCCCCGUUACAUGGACGAUCGCAUGCUGGCCGGCGGUGGCGGCUCCCUCAAGGGCCAGUCCGGCGGUGGCAGCAUCGGGCCCGGGUCCAAGCACAAGCCGAACGUCGGCUACCGGCUGGGCAAGAGGAAGGCUCUCUUCGAGAAGCGCAAGCGCAUCAGCGACUACGCCCUCGUGAUGGGCAUGUUUGGCAUUAUCAUAAUGGUCAUCGAAAACGAACUGUCCAGCGCCGGCAUUUACAGCAAGGCCUCGUUUUGGUCGACAGCACUGAAAACCCUGAUCUCUGUGUCUACUGUGAUACUGCUUGGCCUCAUAUUUGCUUACCAUGCCUUAGAAGUUCAGUUGUUCAUGAUCGAUAACUGCGCGGACGACUGGCGGAUCGCGAUGACCUGGCAGCGGAUCGCGCAGAUCUCGUUGGAGCUGGUGAUUUGCGCGAUCCACCCGAUUCCGGGCGAGUACUACUUCCUGUGGACGACUAAGCUGGCGAACAAAAACGGCGACAUCGGCUCCAAGUGGGUGCCGUACGACGUGACCCUCUCGCUGCCGAUGUUCCUCAGGCUCUACCUCAUCUGCCGGGUGAUGCUGCUGCACUCGAAGCUCUUCACGGACGCGUCUUCGCGCAGUAUAGGGGCCUUGAAUCGCAUCAACUUUAACACCAGGUUCGUCCUUAAGACCCUGAUGACCAUCUGCCCCGGCACGGUGCUGCUGGUCUUCAUGGUCUCCCUGUGGAUCAUCGCCUCGUGGACGCUGCGACAGUGUGAGAGGUACCAUGAUGAGGAGCACGCGAAUCUCCUCAACGCCAUGUGGCUCAUCGCCAUCACGUUCCUGAGCGUCGGUUUCGGCGACAUCGUGCCCAACACAUACUGCGGUCGAGGUAUAGCCGUCUCCACCGGAAUGAUGGGCGCCGGAUGCACCGCUCUAUUGGUGGCCGUCGUCUCCAGAAAGCUCGAGCUUACGCGGGCGGAGAAACACGUGCACAACUUCAUGAUGGACACACAAUUAACGAAGAGGUUGAAGAACGCCGCAGCAAACGUGUUGCGGGAAACGUGGCUGAUUUACAAGCACACCCGGCUGGUGAAGCGCGUCAAUCCCGGACGCGUGCGGACCCAUCAGCGGAAAUUCCUAUUGGCUAUAUACGCACUCAGGAAGGUGAAAAUGGAUCAACGUAAAUUGAUGGACAACGCCAACACCAUAACGGACAUGGCCAAGACACAGAACACCGUCUACGAGAUCGUCUCGGACAUGAGCACGCGACAGGAUACGCUGGAGGAGCGUCUGGAGGGCGUGGAGAGCCGUCUGGCCGGCCUAGACGAGAAGCUGACCUCGUUGCAGGGUCAGCUGGAGCUGCUGCCCGAGGUGUUGACCCGCUGCUUGGCCCAGCACGCCGAGCGGAUGGAGCAGCGGCGCAACUUCCUCCACCCGGACACGGCGGUGGCGAUCGCGACUUCCGCCGGCGGUGGCGGUGGCGGCGGCGGCGGCGGCGCCAUCUCCUCGGGGACGAGCCUGGGCGUCUCCGGCGGCAGCGCGUCCGCACACCACCCUCUCGCCAGUCUCUCCAACUCGCCCCUCUUGCCGCACUCGCGUAGCGUGCCGAGCGCGCCCAGCACCAUGUCCCUACACCCGUGGCCGGUCAGCCCGGUCCUUCCCCCCGUCUCCAGCCGCACGCCCCACCUGGUGCCGGAAACCGGCAGGCAUCAUGGCCUCAGCCACUCCGCCACGGUGACCGCUACGACCUCGCAGUCGGCCACCAGGCUCACCUCGCAGGCCGGCAUGGGUGGGCUAGGCAACAGCCAAGGCUCGGACACGUCGGCGCACAGCUGAGUCUCGUCUCUGCAGCCGCAGCACUCGUACUAAGGCCCCUCCUGAGGCCGGUUUCCGCGUAUCACAGACUGCGGUCGGCGCGCCACCGCGGCGCACGAUCGGUAUAUAAGUUAUACUGCCGGGUUACAAAUCGCACUGCGAUCGAACACGACGGUCGGUCGACCGGAGGUUCGCUUCAUCGCACAAACGAACGUCUGAUAAGGUAAAAAGAUGAAGAAACUCCCGUCUAGAGCGGUGUUUCCCCCCACGUCUACGUCGGCCACGUUUGCGCCCGGUCCACUGUAACAGGCGGGUUCCCGCGGUUUUUACCUUCGUCGCACAGCCUGCGCGCUCUCUCUCGUCGGUGUUUUCGCUGAAAGAAGCGGAGGGAUUCGAAGUAAAAGAGACGCGCCGGUAGCAGGUUUCAGACGGUUUCAGACGCGGGUUCCCCGGUUUCCCCGGCCCGCCAUAUACAGUGGACUCCGCGCACAGACACGUAAAUUAAUACGUUCGCGUUUCGAGAAAUUUCCCCCUCGCGACUGACGAUUGUUUUGGGGAGCCACGAUAACGGAGCGGUAGCUCGAAGCCUCCUACGUUUUCUCUCUUUUCUACGCAACGCGAGACACUUUCUUUUCCGUUCUACGGCCUGUGAUUCUCGCUCUCGCAUGGACCACAGCCCGGGGGUGUGAUGAUAGUCGGGUGCUACGUGGAGAAGCAUUGCUCUAAGUGAGAGUUCUCUGUGUGGUGUGUGACCAAAUUGCGAUACCGCGGUCUGUCUUUCGUGUGAAACUCGUCUAACGAUGGGCCUUCUUGCGUCCUGCGCGUACCUACGAGUUCCUCCCGUAACGAAGUCGGCGCGCCCUCGCAAUUCGGAACUGCGUGCGGAGUAUCGCGCGCGAUCGGGAACGAGAAGAUAGGAAA